UGUUGGCUAUUGUUGAGUUAAAGAAUGGAUGUAUACUUUAAAUUGUUUCAUCCCUUAUUUAACUUUCUGCAUUACUUUCAACAUAAAAAUCAGUGUGCAUCAAAAGUCGUUGGUUCUAGUGUUAAAAACGAAGGUGAAAAGACAAAUUUUGAAUAGCAUCAAAAUAGCAACAGUAGUUUGAAACAACAAAACGAAACGUUAGAUUAAAAAAUUAAUCCUUAAUAUCGUUGAUGAUCUAUCAGUAAAGAUCGAAUGUGUUAAAAUAGUAACUGCAUUUUCUAUUCACGUUCGCCUUUAACAGUAUAUUGAAGAACUGUUUGACGUUGCAAAUUUAUCGAACGAUAGCGAUCGGUAAAUCACAACCUGCUUGUUUUCUGCUUAGAAUGGGUGCAUACGUGUAUCGUUAUCGGCGUCGAUCUUCGUACAAUUUGUACGCAAGUCGUACGAUCGUGAUGCUGAUGCAUAACCACGGGACAUUAUGUUCCUAAUGAGACGCAAGCCAGGUCCCUAGAUUCGCAGAUUCGAUAAAUCCAAACAGCCGCGUCACGGUUCCGCUGCACCUUAGUUUAGUUACCAUUAGAAGCGGUUGCUCAUCGCGAAAGCGAAAAGCGGUAUGGUUUCGCGUUUGCCGUUCGAGAAAUUCAGAAAUUCGCCGGUAAAUUCUUGUUUAAUAACCACGGUAUGUUGGUUCGCGUUUCCAUGAAUUAAGGAGAAAUUGAGGAGUAACGUGAACGAAACCGGUCUGUACUAAAUCGUAACAAUUUGAGGAAUAAUAAAUGUUUCGUCCUGACACGAAAUGACACGAAUGAUUUUCUACACGAUCUUAUCUCUACUGUCUGUUUUAACGUACUCGAUGAACGUGAGAGACGCUUAUGAUUAUGUUCUCCUCGUUACGGAUGUUCACAAAUAUUACAGGACGACCUGUAUCGUUAUCGUGCAUUCUGAUCGUUGCACCGUCAUCGUUUCAGAUUUGAACGAGACGACUGUGUUGCACGGAUGGUCUCGAUCCUUCUCCCGCAUGGGUAUUCUGACCAUGAUGACAAGUUUUGCCGAGCUGUCGCGUCAGAUUAAGAAAUAUCAAGGCUACAUCAUCCGUCCACUCUACGUCGUCCUUCUGUCCACAAGAGAGAGCAUGGAGGAGUUUACGAUGCUCAUCAGACAGAUCGAUAUCUCUAUUCCCGUCUGGCUGCUGAUAUUCCAACCGUACCGUGAAAAUCCUCUGCGAGGAGUUUGCCAGAAUCCCGACGGCAACCCCUUCGAUCUGUCGUUCAACACCGAGAUGCUGGUACUCUGUUACGAUUUCCCGAUUUUAAGAGAAUGGUACGCGCUGCGCGAUAACCGUACCAGAAUGUUCAACCUGGCCACCUGGAAAUCCGGCGAGCCGGUGAAUUUCAGCACGAAACGGGAUUUGUACGCGAGAAGGAACAACAUGUUCGGGGAAACUAUGCGUAUCGCGCUGGUCGAGAAGUCUCCGUUCGUGGGGAUCGAAAACGGGAUCCUUACGUUGUUUUUCGGUGGUUUGGUCCAAGAGUUAAGCAAAUCGAUGAAUUUCACGAUAGCGGUGACAGAGAGAAUGACGACGUACGGCGGUUGGAGCAAGGAAGAAAAACGAUGGACAGGCGUGAUAGGCGAAGUGGCCUCGAACAGGGUCGAUUUUGGUGUAUCCGAGUUCAGCAUGAGUGGCCAGAGGCUGGACGUGGUCGACUUCACGUUGCCUUUGAUCCUGUCUCAGAAUCGGAUAUACUUUAAGAAACCUGAUGUCUCUUCCGUUCAGUGGUCCGCCUACUUCAAGACCUUCCAUGUAAGCAUCUGGACUGCUAUCGUCUGCAUAAUCGUAUCCUCUCCGAUUUUACUGACCCUCAUGAAGACAAAGGGUCGAAUAAGGAUGAAGAUUCUGGCUGAUAAUUACAUACACGUUUGGGGGAUCUAUUGUCAGCAAGGUUUGGCAGAAUUUCCAAACGAAAAUUCGAUGAGAUUAGCUUUUCUAUCCAUCUUCGUGUCGGCGUUAAUUACCGUGGCGGCUUAUUCAGCCUCCUUGAUCAGCUAUUUGACAGUCUCUACUGUUAACUUGCCUUUUUCUACGGUGGAUGGAUUCGCUGCUGAUGGCUCUUAUCAGCUGAUCGCGUUAAAACACAGCGCUGAUUACGACUCGAUAAUGUCUGCCAAACAUGGUGUGCUGCCGAAAUUGAAGAAUCUACUGAAGGAGAAAGAGGAUUUAGCUGUGACGGUGAACGAUGGUUUCUUGCAGGUAUGCACCGAGAAAGUGGGCUUUUACGUAACCCAGGUAUUAAAAGACGCCAUGGGGUCCAUUCCCUGUGAGGUUGUCGACAUAGAAGCAUCCAGGUUCGACAGCUUGGCUCUGGUGUUGAAUAAGGGUAGCCCUUACACAGGCAUAAUAAAUUAUUAUUUGCAGCAAUUGAAAGACAACGGUGUAUUGAAUAGAUUAGGAAACAUAUAUCUGAGAAGAAGCAGAUCCAAUGAUAAUGGGUAUAACACGGUCACUUUGGACAGCAUCGCACCAAUUCUGGCUAUCUUGACUGGCGGAAUACUUUUGGCGUGUUUUAUACUGUUGCUCGAGAAGAAAUAUUACAAUCUCUCUGGCAGUAAAGUCGGUGAAAUUUGUCAUUUCAUCUUUUGUAGUCCAUUUUCUCAGCAAAAUUUUCGGGUGAAAGCGAAACAGAGAGAAGUUCGAAACCUCGUAAAGAACAAAAGAUCAAACAUUUCAGAUUACAGCAGUUACUAUGGACAAUACGAAUACUAGAAUAACCGAAUCCUUAUCGAGAUAAAGGAUAGUUGUAUAUGCUAAUUCAUUCUGAUUUCUUUCGUCAAAAAAAGUAGGUAACAUUCAACCCCGGUUCUGUUCCGGUGUUAAGAGGUGGUAGCCUGGUUAAUUUGUUCUGUACUUCUAUUCAGUGCGUGAAAUCGCUUUCACUUCAUGCCACAGUAACAUCGACGGGUAAUUAGUUGCAAAUUUCCGCGUAUCGUUUCUCUCGCGAGCAUUUCAACCGGGAUUCAAUGAACCUUACAGUCACGAUUAUUGCGUUAGUCACCGUUUAUAAUUCGAUUCACGGCUCGUACGGUUCAAUAAAGGAUAUUGAAAUCCUGUUAAAACCGAUCUGUUACCAUGCCGUUAAAUUACCAGCGACUACGAGCCGCGGAAAGUUGCAAUGAAAUCGCGAGAACGCGAAUUACAACCCUGCUUGUACGAUCUAAAUAUUGUCGAAAGGUUAUGAAUAAAGAUAUUACGAAAGACGAGUA